AUGGAAGAUCACAACAAGAAAUAUGGUUUAGAGACAAUCCCAACUUUGAACCCUGGGGAGGAGUGUGGGCUAGCGAAGCAGGUAAGGAAUCAGAUAAAGAAGAUUGACAAGGAUUUCAUGAGAAAACUACAAGAAGGAAAUGAUCAUUUGAGUUUUCUUAUGGAUAAUGUAGAGAGGUUACUUUUAAAGGAAGAGUUGGUGCCGUUUAAUUUCACAAGUCUGUGUAGGUUUCCUCUGUAUGAAGCUGAUUUUGGUUGGGGAAAACCAACAUGGGUGGGUUCGGCUGCUUUAACUUUUAAGAAUCUGGUUGUGUUUGUUGACGCCAAGAACGGUGGUGGGAUAGAGGCGUACGUUAGCAUGGCGGUGGAGGACAUGGCAAAGUUCGAAGCAGACGAGGAGUUGAAUGCCUGUGUCAAGAAAAUAUAGAUUUGAUGAUGCAUAACUGCACAUACGUGCAUUCCCCACAGGAAUAAAUUAGUGUUGAGUUUGAGCGUGUCAUGGAAUAAAUUUGUAAUAUUUUGAACUUUUAAGUUUAAUAAUCUUCUUAUAUUGAAGAGUAUAACAAUAAAUG